AUGGUUGUCGUGGGCAAUAUCUAUGUCAUCACGGCGGUGGCCGUCAUUGGCGGUGCGCUGUUUGGUUUCGAUAUCUCGUCGAUGUCAGCCAUCAUCGGCACCCCUGCUUACAAGUGUUAUUUCAAUCACGGUCCCAAGGGCCCUCCUUUCAACGAUGACCUUCAAUGUAGUGGUCUCGAGUCCUUGGCUCAGGGUGGUGUCACCGCUGCUAUGCCCGGUGGUUCGUGGCUCGGUGCUUUGAUUUCUGGUCUCAUCUCGGAUCGUCUUGGUCGCAAGUAUGCUAUCAUGACUGGUUGUAUUAUCUGGAUUAUCGGCUCUGUUAUUGUCUGCGCUUCCCAAAACAUGGGCAUGCUCAUUGCCGGCCGUGUGAUCAACGGUCUCAGUGUCGGUAUUGAGUCCGCUCAGGUUCCUGUCUAUAUCUCGGAGCUGGCUCCCCCUUCCAUGCGUGGUCGUCUCGUCGGCUGCCAGCAGUGGGCCAUCACCUGGGGUAUUUUGAUCAUGUACUACAUCUCUUUCGGCUGCUCAUACAUCGGAGAGGGCAGCAACGCCACCUCCCAAAACUACAGCGAGUCUGUCUUCCGUAUCCCCUGGGGUCUUCAGAUGAUUCCUGCUGUCCUCCUCUUCUUCGGAAUGAUGAUCCUCCCCGAAUCCCCUCGUUGGUUGGCCCGACACGACCGUUGGGAAGAGUGCGAGAAUGUUUUGGCUCUGGUCCACGGCAAAGGUGACAUCAACAGCCCCUUCGUCGUUGCCGAGAUGCAAGAGAUCCGCGACAUCUGCGAGUUCGAGCGUGAGAACAAGGACGUCUCUUACCUCGAGCUGUUCACUCCCAAGAUGAUCCACCGUACCUCCAUCGGUAUCUGGACUCAGAUCUGGUCCCAGCUGACCGGUAUGAACGUCAUGAUGUACUACAUCACCUACGUCUUCAGCAUGGCCGGAUACGAGGGCGAUGCCACCCUCCUCGCCUCCUCCAUCCAGUACAUCAUCAACGUGGUCAUGACCAUCCCCGCCCUCAUCUGGGUUGACCGCUGGGGCCGUCGUCCCACUCUCCUCAUCGGUUCCACCCUCAUGAUGACCUGGAUGUUCGCCAACGCCGGCAUCAUGGGCAAGUACGGAGUCGUCGUCCCCGGCGGUAUCAACGGUGUUGCUGAGGCGUCCAUGCGUCUGAGCGGCGCCCCUGCCAAGGGCCUAAUCGCCUGCACGUACCUCUUUGUGGCGUCCUUUGCCCCAACCUGGGGCCCCGUGUCCUGGCUGUACCCCAUGCGCGUGCGUGGAAAGGCCGUCUCCCUCGCAACCUCCUUCAACUGGGCUUUCAACACCGCUCUCGGUCUGUUCGUGCCCGUUGCCUUCACCACCAUCCGCUGGAAGACUUAUGUCAUCUUCGGUGUCUUCCUGUUUGUCAUGACUAUCCACGUCUUCCUCCUCUUCCCCGAGACUGCCGGUAAGACUUUGGAGGAGACUCAGCAGAUCUUCGAGGAUCCUAACGGUAUUCCCUUCAUCGGUACUCCUGCCUGGAGGACCUCCCACAACACCAAGCGUACUGCUGCUGCUGAGUCUGGUGAUGUCGAGAUCCUUGGUGAGAAGCUGGCUGCUACUGAGAAGCGUGCUGCCGCUCACGCCGAGAAUGUUGAUGCAUAG